CGGUCCCCCCUGUUUUACUGAGUCUCAGGCAGCUAAUGCAGCAGAGCACUUAUUCCAAGUGCUGCUCAAACCUGCCACUUCCUCAGCAAUUGUUUUAAGAUUCUGCAGCAGCACUCGAGCAGAUUCUGCACAGGAUUUUGUUUGAGGAGUUCCUGACUGAAAGAUUGAUUGGCUCUUUUCACUGCAGAAGUGAUACGGUACUGUGAAACGCCCCCUCUACAAUAGACCACCUUUUGCUUGAUUUUUUUUUGACACUGUCACUUUGGCAGCUAUUUUUCUCUUCCCAUUUCUCUCCUUCCCUUUUCGCUCUAUCUUUUUUUUCUACUCCCUUUUUGUAAAGCUGUGCUGCAUCACUAAACCACAUUAUGCUGUGCCCUGCACCCUUUGCCUUCCUCCUCCACCUCUGCUAGGCAGUGGGAGUAUGGAUGCUGCUGUUGUGACGACCUCUCCUUCUUUUAGUCCACUGCGGAUCGGCAUGCUGAAUAAUCCUGCUGUCAAUGGGUGAGGACAUUGAUGCACGAAAAAUCAACAACAGCUUUCUCCGAGACCAUAACUAUGUGACAGAAGCUGAUAUAAUUUCUACUGUAGAAUUCAACCACACUGGAGAAUUGCUGGCUACAGGGGACAAGGGGGGUCGUGUUGUUAUAUUUCAGAGAGAGCAAGAGACAAAAAGCCAGCCUCACCACCAAGGUGAGUAUAAUGUUUACAGCACUUUCCAGAGUCAUGAACCUGAGUUCGAUUACUUAAAAAGCCUGGAAAUAGAAGAAAAGAUUAACAAGAUUCGGUGGCUGCCUCAACAGAAUGCAGCCCACUUCCUCCUCUCUACCAAUGAUAAAACAAUUAAAUUAUGGAAGAUCAGUGAAAGGGAUAAGAGGCCAGAAGGUUAUAACCUCAAAGAUGAAGAAGGUAGAAUGAAGGAUUUAUCAACAGUUACAGUGCUGCAGGUCCCAGUACUGAAGCCAAUGGAUCUCAUGGUGGAGGUGACUCCACGGAAGAUCUUUGCUAAUGCUCACACCUAUCACAUCAACUCCAUUUCGGUCAACAGUGACUGUGAGACAUAUAUGUCAGCCGAUGACCUCAGGAUAAAUCUCUGGCACUUAGGCAUAACAGACAGGAGUUUCAACAUUGUAGAUAUUAAACCAGUAGACAUGGAAGAAUUGACUGAAGUGAUCACAGCAGCCGAGUUCCACCCUCAUCAUUGUAACCUCUUGGUUUACAGCAGCAGCAAAGGAACACUGCGGCUCUGUGACAUGAGGACAGCUGCACUGUGCGAUAAACACGCCAAACUGUUUGAGGAGCCAGAGGAUCCCAGUAACAGGUUCUUCUUCUCAGAGAUAACCUCGUCAGUGUCUGAUGUGAAGUUCAGUCACAGUGGCCGGUACAUGAUGACACGAGAUUAUCUCACUGUCAAAGUCUGGGAUCUCAACAUGGAAACCAAGCCUAUAGAAACAUAUCAGGUUCACGAUUACCUCCGGAGUAAGCUUUGUUCUCUUUAUGAGAAUGAUUGCAUCUUUGACAAGUUUGAAUGUGCGUGGAAUGGCUCAGACAGUGUUAUUAUGACUGGUGCCUACAAUAACUUCUUCAGGAUGUUUGACCGCAACACAAAACGAGAUGUCACGCUGGAAGCUUCCAGGGAGAACAGUAAACCACGAGCUGUGCUUAAACCACGGAAAGUCUGCACGGGAGGCAAGAGGAGAAAAGAUGAAAUUAGUGUUGACAGUUUAGACUUUAACAAGAAGAUCCUGCAUAUGGCCUGGCACCCAACAGAGAACAUAAUAGCAGUGGCAGCGACAAACAAUCUCUACAUAUUUCAGGAUAAAGUGAACUCGGAGAUGCACUAGGUUUAUAAAUACCUUGGUGUAAUUAUAAACCGGCCUUUUUUUUUCUGACCUUUCUGGCAAUGAUCUUCGCAAGGUUGAAUUCAUCUUAGUGGAAUUGUGGAAUGUGGUUUCUCAUUAGUGUGUAUCACUUGUCAGUAAGAAUUGAUUUUUGUCUGUCACUGGGGGUGAGCUGAGCACUUCAGAGGGGCAAGUGUGGCUACCAUCUACACAGUUACACCUCUUCUCCAGUCAAUCAGGUUUCUAUGGUUCAGGCAUCUUAGAAAAUUUACUGGUUGUUGAAAUCUUUUCACCCAAAGUCUGCAGACUCAGAUGAAGACACAGGAUCUGACAACCAAUUAAUUUCUGAUGCAUUUUUCAGUCUUUACGGUGGAUUCAGUUGGCCAUGCAUUAGUAAAUAGCUUCAGCAGGCACCUGAAAGGCAAAAAGCUACUGUCUUUGUUGUGUCAUUCUGUCCACAUGCAAAUUUAACAGAUUGUUAGCCAAAUCUACCACAAGUUUUUUUUAAAAAGAAAUAGUUUGGUUGUUAGACAAUUUGAAACAAUGUUGGAAAUGCAUAGCAGGUUAGUCAGCAUCUGUAGAGAGAAAUAUAAACAACAUUUCAGGUUGAUUGCCUGCCAGCAGAACAUUUCUAUUUCAAUCUUCACAUGCUGCUUUACUUGCUGAAUAUUUCCAGCAUUCUAUUGUUAUUUCAAACUUCCAGCAUCUGCAGUGUUUUGUUUUCCUAUUAAUAAAUGGAUUCUGAUAAUA